AUGUGUGUGCCAAUAGCUACACAGAAUUCUAACAUCACUAUCAGCUGUCCGCCUUCAACACAACAAUACUGCAUGCAAACGACAACCACCAGUACAACAAUGAAUGUUACCACGGUAACCAUAUCUACAACCACUGAGAAUAUGACAUCAACAACAACGACAGAACCUUCGACAUCAACAACCACAACUACUACUACUAUAAUAACGUCAACAGAUACACACAAUGUAACAACAGCAGAAGACAAUUCUGAUGAAAAAGAUGACUACUUGGCUGUAGUGAUUGCUCUGGGAGUGUUGUCGGCCAUACUGUUGAUUGUUGUUAUGAUAUUAUCAUGUUGCCUGUUCAGAACAUGUCGUAUUAAAAGCAGCAAUGACAUAGAAAAGGUUCCCGCGGAGAAUAAACCAUCCCUGCAACAGCCAGUCAUGGUAUCCGUACCAGAACUGCCCGCUCGUCCAACUUUCAAAGACUUUGCGUGCCAGGUACAACUACACCCUGCUAUGGAAACAAAAGAUCUGACUGAACCUAACGUCAAUUCUGAAAUAAACGAAAUUCGUAUUUCGAGGGCUGAGAUAGGCUGCCAAGUAACCUUAACGGAAUCAGACAUAUUAACUGAUUUAAUGAUGUCUGAAGAAAAGUCAACUCAAACUGAAGUACCACCAUUAAAGAAUAAAGAUAAAGGUGUAUCAACUGAAGCAAUUAUAAAGUAUAAUGAACAAUGUCAAACAGACAUGAUUAAGACAAAAUGUCAGAAGAGUCAAGCAAAUAUCAAAACAAAGAAAAAUGUUCAAACUACAAGCAGUCAGACUGAUACUAUCCAUCGAGAAGAUACAAAACAAGAAGAAGUUAAACAAUCCACAAUUGUCCCUGACAAAACACCAAUCAAGCCUGUGGCUAAUGGAAAUAUUCAAGCAUUUGUAGAUGAAGAUGAAGAGGCUGCAAUCAAAUUGGAAAAUGAAAUUAUCAGCAAACAUAAGCACAAAAGGAAGACAAGGAAAAAGAAAAAGAUUCCAAAAAGUGACGAUGUACGUGACAUUCGUAAUAUAUCUCCUGAUACUCUAGAUAUAACCAGUGUAGAUACAAUCAAAGACUCUCCUGCAAUUAGAAGAUUUUUGUUUACACCGGAAAAGGAAGUAAAUAAACCGGAACCGGAAAUGUCUCAACCAGAAACGGUUGCAGACAAUUAUCAAAACGAUAAUACUGAUAAUGAAAGUCCGGAUACGUAUAGUAAGGAAGUUCGCCCAAUUCAUGUUGGUAUGAGUAAUCAGAAAAGUCGGGAUAAACGUUAA